AUGGUCGUAAUGGCCCUGGACGGCAGUCUUACCAAGGUGCAGACGUCGCCGUCGUCGGCGCUCCUACUAGCGUCGCCGUGGAAUCUGGGUAUCCUGCCGCAGACGUGCGUGCUCGCGUCGCGUUCCAUGUCGAUGUUCUCCCGCUGGGACGCGAAUGGCGAUUCUGGCGGCUCGGACGGCCGCCAGGACGAGUCGCCGGAUAUUGAACUCACAGAUUCUCUGUUGACGGCGUGCGACAAUGCGCCGCUGGAGGCGCUGGAGAUCGGGUCGCAGGCGCGCGACCCGGGCGACGUGUACGACGUUUUUCCGCUGCUGGCGAUGCCCCUGCGACUGCUGGGAUCUGGGCGAAACAGCAUGCCGAUUUCGUGGAGGAUUGUAACCAUCGCAGCGGACGACGAGCUGGUGACGAGCGGGCAGCUGAAACUUUCCAUGCGCGAUCUGUUGGAUCGCGUUCGCGAGUGGGCGAAAAAGUCGGAGUCCUUUGGCGAAAUAGUGGGACCAGGUCGCUCCCCCAAUCUCUGCUUUGACGCCUUCCCAUCGCCCUCGCCCGCGGAAGCAGAAAACAGAGAGGCGGGCGAAAGUCAAUCCGGACUUCAAGAGUCGAGAAUCAAGAGCGAGGAGAGGGCAGCGUGGGGCGGCGGAAGCGGAGGUGGAGGAGGAUCGCUGAGAAGGAUCUCAAGAAUCAAAGGUCGAGAUUCAAGGAUUGAACGCGAGAAGAGAGGAGUGGAGGAAGCGGAGGAGGAGGAAUGGGGUAAGACUGCAAGGGAAGCAGAUGAGAAGGAGCAAGUGGAGAAAGCAGCAAGGCAAGCCUGGGAGGCUGAGGAGACGGAGACAGCAGCAGAGCAGAGGGAGCAAGCGAGGGAAGCGGUGCAAGCAGUGCUGUAUGCGCACAGCACGUGGCGAAUCCUCUGCCCCACUCUGCGCCCACCUGCUCUCAAGCGCUUGGAGAAUCGCCACCAUGGCAGCUCGCACCUGCCCGAAAAAGGCCAUGGCAGCUCUCACCUGCCCGAGAAACACCAUGACGGCUCGCACCUGCUGGGGAAGCAGCAGCAGCAACAGCAGCAGCAGCAGCAGCAGCAGCAGCAGCAGCAGCAGCAGCAGCAGCAGCAGCAGCAGCAGCAGCAGCAGCAGCAGCAGCAGCAGCAGCAGCAGCAGCAGCAGCAGCAGCAGGAGGAGGAGGAGCGACAGGAUAGGCUUUUCCGCAGCCCUGUAAUAUCGCGUCAUACGUCCAGUGCUCUGCCGGUUCCCUCUUCGUCCUUCUCUUCCUCUCCGUCUUCUCCCUCUUCUUCUCCCUCUUCCUCUCCCUCUUCUUCUCCCUCACAUUCGGCCUCGUAUAAGGCAGCUUCGUUACCGUCUAAGGCCGCACGCUCCAGCCGGGCGGCGUAUCUAAUCCGCCAAAGCAGAUCCGAUUCGGAUAUCAGCGCCACGGGCGUGUGGAGGCUGAUUUCUCCUCCCGAGAGCUAUGGACUUCCGGGGCUGGUGUCCGCUGUUACGCCUUCCUCCUCGAUCCCCUCCUCUCACUCCCUCAUCUCGAUCCGCUCCUCUCACUCCCUCAUCUCGAUCUCCUCCUCUCACCCCCUCAUCUCGAUCCCCUCCUCUCACUCCCUCAUCUCGAUCUCCUCCUCUCACUCCCUCAUCUCGAUCCCCUCCUCUCACUCCCUCAUCUCGAUCCCCUCCUCUCACUCCCUCAUCUCGAUCCCCUCCUCUCACUCCCUCAUCUCGAUCCCCUCCUCUCACUCCCUCAUCUCGAUCCCCUCCUUUCACUCCCUCAUCUCGAUCCCCUCCUUUCACUCCCUCAUCUCGAUCCACUCCUUUCACUCCCUCAUCUCGAUCCCCUCCUUUCACUCCCUCAUCUCGAUCCCCUCCGCUCAUUCCCUCAUCUCGAUCCCCUCCUCUCACUCCUUCAUAUCGAUCUCCUCAUCUCACUUUCUCAACUCAAUCCCCUCCCUUCACUCCAUCUCAAUCCCCUCCUCUCCCUCCCUCAUCUCGAUCCCCUCCUUUCCCUCCCUCAUCUCAAUCCCCUCUCACUCCCUUGCCCCUGUCCCCUCCUCUCACUCCUUUGUCUCAAUCCCCUCCUCUCACUCUCUCGCACUCCUCCACCGCGCCUCCAUCCCCCGCUGCUCGCCGUGCCAGUGUACAAUCAGGUGGUAG